AUGUCCUUGCCCGCCGUGAGACGGUUGACCCACACGUCUCCCCGCACUUUGGCCCGCAUCCCCAUCUCCAGACUUCAUUUCGCUUCUCCUUCUCCCAUUACCUCCAUUCCUCGUGUGAACAAAACUGCUCCUAGAUUUUCUACUAUGGCUGCUCGUCAAUCUGCGGCACCUCCCGCCUCAGCGGAUAAGUCCUAUGAUCCUGAAAUUCAGGAUAUGGCCAAGUAUAUCCACGAGUACAAUGUGGAUUCGGACCUGGCGUUCGAUACUGCUCGUCUUGUUUUCUUGGAUACCCUUGGUUGUGGCCUUGAGGCCCUGAAAUUCAAGGAGUGCGCGAAGCUACUCGGCCCCACUGUGGAAGGCACCGUGGUUCCCCACGGUACCCGCGUUCCGGGCACCCCAUACCAACUGGACCCUAUCAAUGGCGCCUUCAACAUCGGUGCCAUGAUCCGCUGGCUGGAUUACAACGAUUGUUGGUUGGCCGCGGAGUGGGGUCAUCCCUCUGACAACCUGGGUGGUAUUCUGGCUGUGGCCGAUUGGAUUUCACGCACUAACCGUGCGGGUGGCAACCUUGGAAACGGCAAGAUCUUGACUAUCCGCGAUGUUCUGGAGGCGAUGAUCAAGGCUCAUGAGAUCCAGGGUGUUCUGGCUUUGGAGAAUUCCUACAACAAGGUCGGCCUUGAUCACGUUGUCCUGGUCAAAGUUGCCACUACCGCAGUUGUCUCGAAGAUGAUGGGUCUCACGGAGAAGCAGACUGCUGACGCCAUCACCCAGGCGUGGGUUGAUGGUCAGUCCCUCCGUACCUACCGCCACUCACCCAACACCAUGUCUCGUAAGUCUUGGGCUGCCGGUGAUGCUUGCCAGCGUGCCGUGAACCUGGUUCUCAAGGUGCAGAAGGGUGAAGGUGGUCUGCACACUGUUCUCUCUGCGCCCACCUGGGGUUUCUACGAUGUCUUGUUCAAGGGCAAGAAGUUUGAGUACCAGCGGCCCUAUGGCAGCUACGUCAUGGAGAAUGUUCUCUUCAAGGUCUCCUACCCUGCCGAGUUCCACUCCCAGACCGCUAUCGAGGCCGCUCAAAUUAUUAACAAGAAGCUGGCUGAGAUGGGCAAGAGUGUUAAGGACAUCAAGGAGAUUACUAACCGUACCCACGAGGCCUGCAUUCGUAUCAUCGACAAGCAGUUCAAGGCCAUGGACAACUUUGCUGACCGAGACCACUGUGUCCAGUACAUGGUUGCCACAAUGCUGGUUUUCAACCGCCUGACCGCUAACGACUAUGCGGACGGUUCUGAAGCUGCCACCUCUCCUGUGCUGGAGGAUCUCCGCAAGCGUAUCCGCUGUGUCGAGGAUGAGCAGUUCACCAAGGACUACCAUGACCCAUCUAAGCGUACUAUCCCCAAUGCCUUGACUGUGACCCUGAAUGACGGUACCGUUCUGAAUGAGGUGGUUGUUGAGGCUCCUCUCGGCCACCGCCUGCGUCGUGAAGAGGCUAAGCCUGAGAUUCUUGCUAAGUACAAGCGCCAUCUCCAGGCACACUUCGACCAGGCUCGCAUUGAUGAGCUGCUGAAGGUGGGCUGGGACCGCCAGCAGCUGGAGAACUUUGAGGUUGACAAGUAUGUUGACCUCUACGUUAAGGAUAAGAUGGUUGCCUCGGCCUAA